AAACACCUCGUCAUAAUUUAUAUGCGUGAAAGCGAUCUUGAGAAACUUUGGGAGGGAGAUGAUCAGGAUUUACCAAAUUUGAAAAGACUUGAUCUUAGUCGUUCUAAGAAGCUUAUUAAAGUUCCAGACCUAUCGCUAUCUCCAAAUAUUGAAGAAGUAAUUCUUAGUGGUUGUGAAAGCUUGACUGAAGUUUCCUCCUCGAGUUUCCUCAGCAAGCUUAACUGUUUGUGUUUAAAUGGUUGUGUUCAGCUUAAGAGUUUGCAUCUUCCAAGGAAUGUUCUGUCGCGAAAUCUUGGAUUAGUUGUUCUUUAUGAUUGUGCCAAGCUUGAACUAUUAAAUGGUUUAAUUGUAUUUAAUAGUGAUUAAUAUUGACAAAUGCAGGAAUUUUGAGGUUUAAAAUUAGUCUAAUGUUUGUGGUUUUGGUUGCAGGGACAGUUACCAGUAUUUCAUGUUUUGUAGCACUUGGAAUUGGAGGUGGUAUUAAUGGGCUCUCUGCUUGUUCCCUCUCCUCAAAGAUGCUGGUGCUUUGUGGCUUUAGAUGAUUUUGAAUUUAGUUUCUUAGUCAUUAGACUUGGAAUUAAUUAGUGAUAAUGUUAAGCACUGACUUUUAAUGUGUUGCAUGUAACUUGUUAGCUUGUUAGGAAUUGACAAUGACUUGUGGAAAAUAAUAUUCGGAAUUAUGUCAA